AUGACUUCAUCAUCAUCAACUGAAACAACAGAAAAUGUUCUUGCUAUGUAUGAUCAAUCGGAUGGUUUUCGAGUCUAUAAAAACAAAAAUAUCGUCUUUUUUGGACAUGAUACUAUGCGAUCGCUUUAUUGUGAUCUUGCUCGAUUAUUACAAACUGGAAACAUGUUAAAAAAUAGUUCAAUUAAAUUCCAUCAUACUAGACAUGAUCCAUAUGUUAAUGAAACUGUACUUAAAAAAUUAGAUAAAUGUAUUUCAUACGAUCGCAUUGAUUGCCGUCGUUAUCAUAGUGAAAAAUCUUGCAACACAUUAUAUUUGAUAUUUAUUGGUAGUAUCAUGGAUGAUAAAUGGCCAAUAGAUCUUGAAUGGUUACAACACAUCACAGAAGUAAAACAAAUUGAUUUAGUUGUUACAUCAUGUGCAUAUCCUGAUCUUUGUGGCCGUCGAUUAGAAAAGAAAAAUGAAAAAUUUGACGAUAAACUGCCAUUAUUUAGCUCAAAACUGAAUUAUAUUUGUAGAACAUUUAAAUUGGCGUUCCCACAUGCGACAAUGAUUUGGUUUCCACCAUUACCAACAAUACGUUUAGAUGAUGGUAUACAAACGGAUCAAUUCAAGCAACUUGUUAAAACUUGUUUUGAUAUUGCAUGUAAUCAACAUCAUUUUCAAUAUUUGAAACGUUGUGAAGAUUGGAUUAAUGUUUAUAAAAUAUUAUAUUUAAAAGAUGAAUGUUAUAUGUCAGGAGAAGCUGUUCGUGAACUUACAACUGAAUUAGGUGAAUAUAUGGCUACAAAUUGGAAGCGUAAUAUUGAUAUUGAAACUGAACCAUCAUAUAAACGUUUUAAAACAUAG